AUGAUAAAUUCUGGUUAAAAUGAUGUUGCAAUCAUAAUGAAUUUAUAAUUAGCCUUGAAAAUUAGUCAGGAAGAAAUAUAUCAAAUGAAAUUUUAGCAUAUUUACAAAGAAGGUAAUAAUUGCAUUAUAACAUUGAAUAAUAAGAAGGAAUUAGUAUUAAAUAAUGAACAUUUACUGCCAGAGUUAUAAUUGAUCUUCAAGGUCAAUAUAGGAAGUAAUAUUUAUGUAAUUGGAGGAAAAGUGUCGAACAAAAGAAACAGAAUAAUUGAAGCCUUUAAUCAGACGAGGAAGUUUAAGCUUAAUCAUUUAGGAAAUUCAGAAAAUGAUAAGCAAUAUUAAAAGUUUUAUAUUAAAAAGUUUAAGUAAAUAUAAGAUGAUGGAUAGGUCCAAUUUAAGAACUUUUACCUUAUUGGAUAAUUCUUUGUAAAAUCUUUAAUCGCAAAAGAAGGAUAAAAAGGAAGAGAAGUUGCGCAAACAUGA